AUAGUAAGUACCCUCGUACCCUCGAGGUAGAUGACCAAGUAGGAAAAUAUUGAGGAAUUCCCAAAUUCCCAUCUUGAUUCAUCUGGAUGGCUCUUGGCACAUCAUUUGACACUGGCUUGACUGGUACCUUUGCUUCCUAAACUUUAUAAUUCCGAGUUCAUCAUCAUCAAUGUUUAAUUAUUCACUCCUACAAUGAAAAACAAUGAAAAACAAUUGAUCAAAAUCUCAGCCCUUGUUUUUCAUCAUAACCCCAAUAAAAGGACAGGAACGUCUCCACAGCACUCAACAUCAUUCAAGCUGACAGCCUCGCACAUUUAUCGUGGCUCCUCCUUCAUUUCGUCGACCAGGUAAUUCUCAUGCGCUUUGCAAAUUUCAGAUUCGAAACAUUCCCAUCCUACAAACUUGGCGCACAAUCACGAAUCUAUAAUUACAUAGUUAAGACUCAGUUGAACCGAAAGAGGAAGAGAGCUGCUGGGAAAACUGCCUUUCAAAUCCUUGGAAGACCAGUGAGAAGAUUCUUCGGUGGCGGUUCCAAAGACAAUGCGACGGCUUCUAGAAAGCUGAACCCAUCAUCUCAUUCGAUGUCUGGCUAUGUCGCAGAUGGAUAUGGGGAGGAUAAAAAACGAGGGGGAAAGAGGGGGAAAUUGGCUGGGUAUUUGAAAGCUGCAAACGAACUUCGUCAAUCGUAUCAACAAUCAUACUCUGAGAAAUGGGGUGGGGGUAGUGGAUUGGAUGAUGAUGAACAUGGAAUACCAGGUUCAUUUCCGGAUGUAUCUAUUGUUUCUCACGGUGAUGAGCAAAUGAUAUUAUUUCCAUCAUAUGCGCGGAGACAUACCAAGGAGAAACCUUUUUUUGAAAAUGCCAACAUGAAUCCUAAAUUGAACGAACCCGGAGAUGCGGAAUAUUGGGCGAGGGAAUGGCAAAAAUAUGAGGAUGAUAGGGCUAUAGUUGAUGUGGAUGUUAGAGGAUGGCUUUACUCUCCUCAUAGAGGACCUAUGACAAGAAAGAAUAGGUUACUCAUUGGUCUUGCACGCCAGUUGAGUGGGAUCCCUGCACCAAAAUCUGGUUCUCGAGAGACUAGUCCGGAUUCAAAUUCAUUAAGAGCAAAGCAUAGAGAACUCGAACAGAGGCGUGAUGAGGAGAAGAUUGCCCGAGAAGCAGAACAAAUACUGAAAAAGGGUCGAGGGGAAGAGGAGGCAGCACUACGGGGUGACUAUAGUGAAAAGCCAAAACGGGAAUCAGAUGGUGAUAGUAUCUAUAGUGAACGUGGUAGGCAGCGGGGUUCCAGUUCACGGGUAUCGCCAGAGUCAUCACCUGCUCCAAGUCGUCUAACAAAACGUACAUCAUGGAAUCAACCAUCCGAGAUGACCCAAGCGGAACUAUUAACAGCAAAUGCUCAUUUGAUGGCACGAUUAAGACCAUUCCUUACGAAUCCAAAGGUUGAAACAGCGAUUACAGUUUUCUUUUACGAUGAGAAGAAUUCUUCAUCGCGAACAAUAGAAACAAACGAAGCAGGUCAUUUCAUUAUGCGAGCCGCUUUGGAGUUUGUUCCCACACAUGUUAGAGUGUUGGCUUCAGAAAACCUUUCAGCGAUUGAAGAAGUCAAAAUUACUGAACCAAAAGGAGUGAGCCUCAUUACUGAUGUUGACGAUACAAUCAAGCACUCUUCGAUUGGUGCAGGAUCAAGAGAAAUUUUCAGAAAUGUCUUCAUUCGUGAAUUUGCUGAUCUCACAAUCGAAGGUGUCAGGGAAUGGUAUAAUACAAUGUAUGAUAUGGGUGUUGGGGUACACUAUGUAUCCAAUUCACCUUGGCAAUUAUUUCCAGUCUUAGUGAGCUUCUUCAGAAAAGCAGGGCUACCACCUGGAUCUUAUCACCUAAAACAAUAUAGCGGAAUGCUUCAGGGUAUUUUUGAACCUGUUGCGGAAAGAAAGAAGGGUACCCUUGAGAAGAUCAUGCGGGAUUUUUCAGAAAGGAAAUUCAUUUUAAUUGGAGAUAGUGGUGAAGCAGAUUUAGAAGUCUAUACCGAUGUCGUUUUAGCAAAUCCGGGAAAAAUCCUGGGUAUCUUUAUCAGAGAUGUCACGACACCUGAAGAUAUAGGUUUCUUUGAUCCUGCAUUGGGUCCACUCAGCGGAGACCGUCGAAGGUUUGAACCUCAAUCUCGAACGCAAUCUCGGACUCAAUCCGUUGAUAGCAGGAGAUCAUCUACAUUUAGUAAAUCUGAGCUAUCAGAGAAACGACCAUCUUUGCCUCCCAGAGUUCCCUCGGAAACUAAACUCCAGACUAGUAAUGGUCCAACCAUGGGAACACUAAUUGAUUUCGGAGAUGAGCCUGAGAAUGAGCCAAUACAUAAAUCUCAUAGGCAAGUGGUACCUCGAUCUAUGUCGGAGAUGGAAGUACCAAAUGUUCCACGACGAAAAUCCGCCAAUGAUGGGAAAGCCCCACCUCGACCUUCUAAGCCAUUAUCCCUUCGUGGAGCAAGUACAAUCACAAUGGUUCCACCUGAAUCAUCCGAACCCCCAAAGCAAAACACUCCACCACCACCACCAAAACCUCGUCGUUCAGGUGCUAUACAUGGAAGUGUAAAUAAUCAUCCAUUGAAGCAGGCACAAAGUAGUGCGGAGUUAUCAGAAUCAUCUAGUGAAGGUUACAUAUCUAGUGCUCGUCAUAAAGUUACAGAGACCUACAAUAAUCUUCCAGAAAUGAGAUCUUAUAUACCAGGCAUGGGUGAAUCGAAUCCAAGGCCCCAACCUGCAUUCGAUCCAUCAUAUAGUCCAUCAUCAAACAAAGGACCACCACCUCUCCCACGUCGAAAAUCUACCAUUAAUUCUUCAAUCUCCAGCUCCCCUGACUCAUCAGAUGAUGAAUUCUACCGAACAUCCGGUGGAGCACCAGCAAACAAAAAAUUGGAUCUCUGGAGACGUCGUUGGAAGCGCGCAAAAGAUAUUCUUGAUGGACAAGGUGUCACACUCAGAGCUUGGAGAAAUGGUGGUGAUGUAUGUAUAGAGGCUGUACAUAUGGUUGAACAAGCUAUGCGGGAAAUGGGGGUUGAAGGGUAUGGGAAUGGGAAGGGGAAGACGGGGAGAGGAGGUGGAGAGAUUAAGGUGAAGGAUUUGAAGAGGUAGGGUUUUGUGGGAAUAAGAAAAUGAAUGGGCGAGUUGGUUUGUUGGUUGGGGAGUAGAGCGUUGAAUUAUAUUUUUAUUAUCUUUUGGGGGGUUUGGGAUGGAUGGGUGGAUGGAUGAUUGUACGUAUGUAUGCGUGGAAUGGCGAAUACACUUUAAGAGGAGCGAAGAGAAUAGAUAUGACGGAAUGGUAGUCGGAAAGCGGGUAAGAAAUACAUUAAGAAUUAUGAUUUAUAAGCGGGGAGAGAAUAAUGAAUAUCCGAAAUUCAAAGUUUUACU